AUGCCUGCACCCAGCACCCUCUUUCGCGCUGCGCGCCCAGCCGCCUUCCGCAACUCCCCUUUCUUCACUCAACAAGCACAAUCGACCAUCUUCCGCUCGGCGCGGACUCGGUUCCUGCAGGGCCAGCAGGGAGGAAACGCGGGGAGGAGAUGGCAGAGCACUGCUGCGCCUGGGGAGACCCAGAGCUGGUUCAAGAGGAUGUGGGAUAGCCCUAUCGGCUUGAAGACGGUGCAUUUCUGGGCGCCGGUGAUGAAGUGGUCCCUCGUCAUCGCAGGAAUCUCCGACAUGUAUCGGCCCGUCGAGAAGCUGUCUCUCACUCAGAACCUCGCCCUUACAGCCACCGGUCUGAUCUGGACCCGGUGGUGCCUGAUCAUCAAGCCUAGAAACAUCUUGCUCGCAACCGUGAACUUCUUCCUCGGCUUCGUCGGCGUCAUCCAAGUUACCCGUAUCGCGUUGCACAACUACGCCGGUGGUAAGACCACCACCGCCCAGAUCGAGGAGGCUAAGGAGAGCGCUGUCGAGACCGCCGGAGGAUUGAAGGAUGAGGUUGUCAAGGCUGUCAAGCCGUAG